UUUGGCGUAUUUCAUCUACCAAAGAAAAAAAAUAUCAUUUUACUGAGCGAAAGUUUUUGUCAUUCAUUCAUUCGAAUUCAAAUCCCGAAACAGCUUUGAUCGACAAACAAACAAACAAACAAUGUCCAAUUUAUAUAAUCAAUCAUUCGAUUUGAUUAAUUCAAUGAGAGGUGGUUAUGCUGCUGGACAUUAUUAUAAUGAUUCGGCAAAAAAUGUACACGAUUAUGCUGAUGGUUGGUAUUUAAGACGUGCAAAAUUAAAUCAUGGUGAUUUACGUGAAAUGUUAAUCGAUAUGACAAUGCGUAAAAAACGUUUAGAAGGACAACAUGAUAUUGAAUGUACAAUGCAUCGACCAUUACAAACUGGCCUGAAUCAAACACCGGAUAUACAGAAAAUUCCACAUAUUGAUUAUAAACAUAAAAAAGGCAAGUAUGAAUAUUUAUAUCGAAAACAAUUUUAAAAAAAUGAUGUUUGUAAAAUUUAUUUGUAAUUUCAUUUCUAACACAACAUGUAUCCAAUGUUUUAUUUUCUUA